GCCCCCUCGUAAUAUAUAAUCAACGCACCACACAUAAAACCACACAAUCCAGAUAGAGCGGAGAGGCAAUACGGGCCACCGGGAAAACUUUCUCGUUUUUAAUUAUUCAUAAAUAACGUGAAAAUUGGUUCGGUCAUUGAUUUACGUCCAUGCACUAUAUAUAUAAUCACGUUGAUGACUGAAAUGUGAAGCAUUAAUAAGGGAACCGGGAUUCCGGAGUUAUCGCCAUACGUCACUCAUUAACUGGUGAUCGCGUCUAAUUUAUUUACCGAGGAAAUACCAUCAGUUUCGAGAACAGGUAUCCUUAACAUUAUUUGCUUUUAUAUGUGGUAUAUGACGGACUGACUAUCAGAAAUUCACAAGAAAGAUAUUCAUAAACCCAGGAACUGUUGGAAACAUACUGUGCGAGAAGGUCUCGGCUUUCAUUCAUAAAACCAGUCUCCGAAAACCUUGGAUUAAAUUCAGACGGUUUGUAAGAUACGUUUUUCAUAACGGGAACACACUUUGUAACCUGUUUCUUCAGAUCGGAGAUUUCAGUUAAUAGACUAAUCGUCCAACACGUAUGUACCUUCUUGAAAAAUUGAUAUAGAUAGUCGGUUGUUGAGUCCUAAGGGCUUAACUUGAGGAUUUUCUCCAGCACCUUAUUUUAAGGAUUCGAAUAAAGCUGUAGUACAUCUGAUCGAGGCUGGGUGUACUUAGCGAGGUCGCUUAUCUCAAGGAUAUGGAGAGAAAAAACUUGACGAUGAGAGACAAAUCUCAUUAUUACCGAAAAACUGAAUUUUGAACAUCUCAUGAGAGAUAGUCAAGAUAUUCGGGCACAAGACGUCAGCGUAUACAGUGUGGAAGAUAAAAUUGUCUGCAGUUUUAAUUCAGCAUCCAUUGACGGAUCCUACAUGAGUGAAACGGAUAUUAUUUUUGACAAAUACCUUCUGUGGAAAAAACUUGAUACAUUUUAUGCAGGUCUUGUUGUGAAAAUAUACAACGUUGUGCUUACAAGGUAAGGACUAUAAUGUGAUUUUUUUCUGUUAACCAGAAUUUAUGUUUGUAUUUGAAAGACCGUAAAAAAGGAAAAUUGAGAAGGAAACAAAAUGGAGAAAUCUACCGGAAAUUUGUAUCCAACGAACUUGAAGGAAUGUUUAGAGAGUCAGGGAGAGAAGAUAUAUAAGUUCCCUAAACCGUUUUUCUGUAACGCUACUUGGGAUACUGUCCUUUGCUGGCCACCUACUCUAAAAGGGGUUACCUUCAAAAUUGCUUGUCCGGAACAUCUCGGAGUUGGUCCAGACAAAUUUGCAUACAAAACAUGCGGAAAUGACGGGGGAUGGGCUGGAGUACAUCCGGGUUUCAAGGAAUACCCGGAUUGGGAGCCUGGAUGGACAAAUUACAGUGAGUGUGCAGGGGUCAUUUACGAAACUGUCACUGAAUAUAACGACACUUUGGAUGUUAAUGUUUCUGAGGCCGCCCCUAUUAGUUUUGGAACACUUCCCCUGACCUAUGACGGAGCAGAUAUCCUCGCAUGUGUUCUGUUGUCAAUGUCCAUAAUAUUUACAAUGGCAGCUAUCGGUAUUUCAUGUUUUUCGAAAGGAAUACAGGCAACUCGAGUUCGACUUUAUCGUAAUUUAUUCGCCGCGUUUUUGUUUCACGACAUGCUUGACCUCGUUAUGAACAUCGGUCGCAUUCUGAGGAGCAGUGACGUCAUAAAUGACGUAAAACCUUGUGUGGCAAUAGGAGUGCUCGUGACCUUGACAUCAUCCGCCAUUUUUGUUUGGUUACUUAUUCUAGGAAUAUACUACCUGCUCACCAUGAAGAGCGUUGUGAUUGAGAGAAGAAUGUAUUUUGUGCUCUGUCUCCUGGGAUGGUUCGUUCCUACAGUCAUAACCAUUACCUGGUUAAGCAUUACUGUGAUCUACGGGAAGACCUACUGCUGGUUUGGGGAGCUAUUCAUCGCCACGCUUCAGUCUAGCUUCUGGAUAAUUGAGUCGACGAACAUGUUUUUCUUGGCACUGACAUGGUUUUUCAUCAUCUACUUUUUGUGUAAAUACAAUGACCAGGAAACUAGUAGGCGCCACAACGAAAAUAAAGAACUGGCUGUCGAACUCGGGAACAUCCGGUCAAGCGCCAUCAAGAUCGUGAUCAUUCUAGCGUUUGUGACAGUCGCGUAUCUUGUGUAUAUGGCGUUUGCGCAUAACACCAGUUCAGAACCUCUCGCGUAUAUGUUCGUGUUGACAGUUUAUUCCCGGGGAGUACUGACCCCAAUAUUCCUGUGCUUUUUUGACGAGAACAGUCAUUGUUGGGAUGGUUUUUAUAAUGUGAUCAGUACGGAUAAUGCCGAGGACAGCGACGGUGCGUCCACCUCCUCUAUGAGUAUUUAAGUAAACGUGUUUAGCUGCUGUCUGAAAUUAGUAGGUCAAUAGAAUCAAUAUACUCUCUAAAAACACAACAUUCUAAAAUUAAAAAAAAAUAGUACACAUUACAAAUACCAUUUCUAUAAGUUAUGCUUUAGAUCAUGAACAGUUUCGUGUGUUAUCUUUGUAGGCGAAACAUGGGGAAACUGUGAUACAAAGUUUUCAGAGAAAACAAAUGAAAAUAUUCCAAAACAUUUUCUAAACUGUGGUCAUAAGCGAAACUUCGGAAGAAUAACAAAGGGAGCCCAAUCUACCGAAUUAUCAUCCCAUUCUUUAGCCAAAGUAAUAUUUUCUCGAAAACUUGAAUUCGAAUUAAGAUGAAAAAAGAAAUGUAUUUGUGUGCAUAUAAAUUCAGACAGCAGUGACAAGAUACAACAGAGACAGAUUUUGUGUACAGAUGCACAGCUGAAUUACACUCUGUGGUCUACAUUCUACGAUAUUGUGUUGUGUACUUUUACAUGUAUAUAUCAUAUUUUAGUUACGUAGCAGUCAGAUUGACGUUCGAUUUUACACCAGAAUAUCUGUGAUAACCCAAGAUUAUGUCCAAUUUUAAAACCGUAUUCAUGAUGUACCAGAUGCGCCCUUUAAUGUGUGUUUUAGGUAUCCUUUUUUCUAGAUAAAGAAUGUGUUUCAUUUUUGUUUCGUUUCCCUUGUCCGUUCAAUGGUCUAAAUAAAAUGAAAGUCUCACAUUGCACCUAUACCACAAUAGAAAACAAGUGCUGGUGUCACAUUUUCGUAAAUAAUAUUAAGGUUUUGUAAUUUUCGCGUCAUAUAUGUAAAUUAAGUGUAGACAUAUUGUAUUUGUUAUUUUUUUUGCUAGAUUGGCAUCGACAUUAAAAACACCUCCGAACACAUAUCACCGAAUUGUUUGUACACGUAGCUGUUUUAAGUGAACUGUUUCCAUCCGGUAUCAUAACAUAGUCUUACACCCGUUCAGCAUAACUUCACGCGUAACUAAAGUAUGACGUCAUGCGUAACACACUUCACGUGUAUUUACAAGGCAACUUUAAGCGUAAAAACCAUGUGGAACAUCAUUAUUUCUCGACGCGUAACGGCCGUGUACCUUAACACAAAAAUACACUGUACAUCAACUGUGCAACUACCGUGUAACUUCACGCGUAGUUGCCGUGUAAAUUUAUACGUAUCUACCGUGUAUCUUCACACGUAACUGCCGAUUAUAACAAUGUUUAACUACCGUGUAACUUCACGUAUAUCUGCAGUGUAUAUUUACGCGUAUCUUUGCUUUUGCACACGCUCGUGUAACUGACGUAUCCUCACGUUCCUAGCAAUCAAACUGUUCAUACUCAUAACGUUCAGAAACCUGGCUAGUUAGUCUCAUCGCUUGGACAUUACCGAUCAA